AUGAUCUGGAACUACGCCACUCAGUCGCUAGUUAAGACACUCGAAGUGUCGCCUCUUCCUGUUCGCAACGCCAAGUUCGUAGCCCGCAAGCAAUGGAUCAUCGCCAGUAGCGACGACAUGCAAGUGCGUGUCUUCAACUACAACACAAUGGAGAAGGUGACGAGCUUCGAGGCGCACAGCGACUACAUCCGGCACAUCGAGGUGCAUCCGACGCUGCCGUGCUUCCUCACGUGCGCUGACGACAUGACUAUCAAGCUAUGGGACUGGGACAAAAACUUUACGUGCACUCAGGUGUUCGAGGGCCACGGCCACUACGUCAUGAUGGUCAAAUUCAACCCCAAAGACGCGCACAGCUUCGCCAGUGCCUGUCUGGACCGGACGGUGCGUGUUUGGGGUCUCGGCUCGAGCCACGCCCACUUCUCGCUGGAGGGACACGAGAGAGGCGUCAACUGUGUGGCCUAUUACCCUGGUGGAGACAAACCGUACUUGCUCUCGGGUAGCGACGACCGCACCGUCAAAGUGUGGGACUAUCAGACGAAGGCCAUCGUGCACACGCUGGACGGCCACGGCAACAACUUGACGUCUGUAUUGUACCAUCCGAGACUCCCGCUCAUCAUUUCAGCCUGUGAGGACGGCGCUGUGCGGAUGUGGCACUCGACAACGUACCGCGCGGAGACGACGCUUAAUUACGGGAUGGAACGCAGCUGGUCCCUUGCAGCUUUACCGUCCGCUAACACGUUGGCUAUCGGUUAUGACGAGGGCACAAUUGUGCUGCGACUAGGACAUGACACCCCCGUUGUGAGUAUGGACGCUGGAGGCAGCGGGAAACUCAUCUGGACGACGAAUAACGACGUCCAGACGGCCAGUAUCAAGGGCGUGGUGGCGGAAAUGGGGCUGCAGGACGGAGAGAAGCUGCCUCUAGUAUCGAGAGACCUCGGGAGCUGCGAAGUGUACCCGCAGAAGGUGCAGCACAACAGCAACGGUCGCUACGUGGUGGUCUGCGGAGAUGGCGAGUACAUCAUCUACACGGCGCAACAGCUACGCAACAAGGCGUUCGGCGCGGCUCUGGACUUCUGCUGGUCGCCCACGGGCACAGGAGACUACGUGGUGCGCGAGAGCAUCUCGAAGCUCACGUUGUUCCGCAACUUUAAGGAGGUCAAGAGCGAGAAGCCCCGCGUGCUGUCUGCCGAAGGAUUGUUCGGCGGCACGGGCGCUAUCGGCGUCAAGGGCAACGAUGCGAUUGCCAUGUUCGACUGGGAGGAGCUGCGUCUGAUCCGCAAGAUCGACGUUGUCGUCAAGAACGUCUUCUGGUCCGAGAGCGGCAGUCUGGUGGUGCUCGCGUGCGAGUCGAGCUUCUUCGUGCUGCGAUACAACAAGGAAGUGGUGGCGCAGGCCUUUGCCGCGGGGACCAACUCGCCCGAGGAAGGCGUGGACGGCGCCUUCGACCUGCUGCACGAGAUCUCGGAGAAAGUGGGCACGGGCACGUGGGUGGGCGACUGUUUCCUGUACACGAACGCUGGCGGGCGACUCAAUUACUAUGUGGGCGGCGAGGUGAUGACGCUGGCGCACUUGGAGCAGAAGAUGUACCUGCUGGGCUACCUGCCUCGCGAGAACUUGGUGUUCCUCAUGGACAAGAUGAAGAACGUGGUGAGCUACACGGUGUCGCUGGUGAUGCUCGAGUACCAGACUGCAGUGGUGCGUCGCGACUUUGAGAGCGCCAACGCGAUCCUGCCCAAGAUCCCGGGGGACCAGAUGGACUACGUGGCUCGCUUCCUCGAGUCGCAGGGCUUCAAGGAAGAAGCGCUGGCGCUGAGUACGGACCCGGACCAAAAGUUCGAUCUGGCGGUGCAACUGGCCAAGCUGGACGUGGCGCGGGACAUCAUGCUGCAGGAGAUCGACAAGGGAGACAAGGCCAAGGACAUGGACAUCGAGACGCAGCACAAGUGGAAGCAACUGGGCGACCUGGCGCUCAACGACUGUCAGUUGGCGCUGGCCGAGGACUGCGCGCUUCGAGCGGACGACUUGAGUCUGCUGCUGAUCCUGUACACGAGUCGCGGAGAUAAGGCGGGUCUGGAGCGGCUCGCGGCGCUGGCAAGAGACAAGCGGCGCUUCAAUAUCGCCUUCAUCUGCUGGCUGCUACUGGGCAAGACGACGGCGUGCGUGGAGGUGCUGAAGGAGACGAAGCGGUUCCCGGAAGCUGCGUUCUUUGCACGUAGCUACUGCCCGUCGAAGAUGCAGCUGGUGAUGGACCAGUGGCGUCAAGAUUUGGCGGCGGUGAGCUCUCGUGCGGCCAAGGCCCUGGCGGACCCCUCACGCAACGCCGACUUGUUCGAGAACCUGGAGCAGUCGAUGCAGGCAGAGGCGACGCUGCUGGCCCAAAGCGGCGGCGAAGAGGCCAGCGCUCCUGCGGCCUCGUACUUGGCCAAGAAGGAAGUGCUGGAGAGCGACAACAUCCUGGAGCUGAUCCUGAGUGGCGGCGCGGCGGCGGUGUUUACAGCUGCUGUGGGUGGGGGGUUCCAGGAUAGUAGCGCUGCGAGUGCAGAGGCGGAAGCUCAGGCACAGGCCAUGGCUCAGGCACAGGCCAUGGCUCAGGCUCAGGCUCAGGCUCAGGCUCAGGCUCAGGCUCAGGCUCAGGCUCAGGCUCAGGCUCAAGCUCAGGCGCAAGCGGAGGCGGAAGCCCAAGCCUUGGCACAGGCGCAGGCGGCGGAAGCUCAGGCUCAGUCGCUAGCUGCAGCGCAGGCACAAGCCGAGGCUGAGGUUGCGGCCGCUGCUCAGCUGGCGUACGAGCAAGCGCAAGCUCAAGCGGCUGCAGAUGCGGAGGCUCAACUGCGGGCAGAGGAAGAGGCUCGACAACGGGCCGAGGCGGAGGCACAAGCGCGAGCUAUGGAGGAAGCUCAGCGACUGCGUGCAGAGCAGGAAGCAGCGGCUGCACAGGCCCAAGCUGAAGCGGAGGCAGAGCUGCAGAGACAGCAGACUGCCAUGUCCAGCAGCGUGGGCAGUGGGGACAAUGGCUUCGGGUUUGCUGCGUCGUCGGGCUCGAAUGAGUUUGGAUUCAGCAGUCAGGACGCGUUCUCGUCCUCUCAGAGCUCGGGCUUUGGCAUGGCUACUACGGCGACUACAACUACUACUACGACGACGACUGGUACGACUGGAGAGCUGCUAGACUUUGAACUGGACAACGCAGACAUCCAGUUUGAAGACGAUGACGACGCCGACUGGGGCGAGAUGUAA